AUAAUCCUCACCACUUCUUCACAUCCAUCAUGAGAUUUCCUUGAUUUUAUCGUAAAACGCCUCCUCGCUAGUCACAUUUACUUACAGUUUAAAAGCAGUAGAUGUUUUCCUUAUGACAAGCUUAGUCUUAAGUUAUAAAUCUCUUUUUCACGAAUCACAGUAUAUAUUUGGCCCUGCCAUCUACUGACCACACACACCACAACCCAAGUUCCCUUGGUACAACUGACUUGCUUCUAUUUCAAACAGGCACUCGUAUGUCGAGGUACCACUGUAUUUUCUUCUCUCGUCUUCAUUCGCCACACCACGAUUUGAGCACCGAGGGUUGUCACGUUCCUCAUCUGAAUCCAGCUGGGAAAAAAAGGCUUGUUGCAUUAUGAAGACUUUUAUCUUUUGUCUUCUUCUUGCUGCUGUUUAUGGGGAGAACUCCAACAGCGACGAUUACUUCAGCAUUAUCGACCUUGACGGUGAUGGCGCUCUACAGCAGGACGAAUUACAGGCUGAUUUCAACAAAAAGGACAUCAACGGCGAUGGUUAUGUCAGUCUUUCAGAGCACAUAAGUAGUUUUGCUAGUUCGAUGCCACUGGUGCCUAACAUGGGGAUCUUUAUCUACUACGACAAGCUGGACGGCAAUGAGGACGGCGUCCUCGAUCAAUCAGUUCCUUUUUCCGUUAUGAAGAUGAUGGACUCUAACGGUGACGGGGAAAUUUCACGCGAAGAAAACGAAAGAAAUGGACUAAAAAUUUGGAAUGGUGUUGCCAAACAAACCAAGUCCUUACUCAAUCCAUAAAGGAAGACAUACAUGCAAGAGUCUACAUAUAAAAUGUAAAAUCUAUCUCAAAGAUAUUAGAGACCGACAAUAAUUAAUAAUAACAUUCUUAAUUACACACGACUGCUUUGUGGUGUUGAAAGAUCUGGAGAGGUAUCACCAAGUGAAGGCCUUCAGCUGGUUCAUGAUGGAAACGAUAGGCAAAUGGAUUAAAAGUAAAUUUGAAAUGUUU